UGUCGGAGACAGGAUUCCGCGCCGCGAGGCAAGAUGCUGAAGUCCAAGACUUUCUUAAAAAAGACGCGGGCGGGCGGCGUGAUGAAAAUCGUGCGCGAGCACUACCUGCGGGACGACAUCGGCUGCGGUGCGCCCGGGUGCGCGGCCUGUGGCAGUGCGCACGAGGGGCCGGUUCUGGAGCCGCAGCCCCUGGAUCCGGCGAGCAGCCUCUGCCCGCAGCCGCACUAUUUGCUGCCUGACACCAACGUGCUGUUGCACCAGAUUGAUGUUCUUGAGGACCCUGCCAUCAGGAAUGUAAUUGUGCUACAAACAGUUCUGCAAGAAGUGAGAAAUCGUAGUGCUCCAGUGUAUAAACGAAUCCGAGAUGUGACUAAUAACCUGGAGAAGCAUUUCUAUACAUUCACUAACGAGCACCAUAGAGAAACUUAUGUGGAACAAAAACAGGGAGAAAAUUCUAAUGACAGGAAUGAUAGAGCCAUUAGAGUAGCAGCAAAAUGGUACAAUGAACAUUUGAAGAAAAUGUCAGCAGAGAAUCAGCUGCAAGUUAUCUUUAUAACAAAUGACAAGAAAAACAAAGAGAAAGCCGUAGAAGAAGGAAUACCAGCUUUCACAUGUGAAGAAUAUGUAAAGAGCCUAACUGCUAACCCUGAACUCAUAGAUCGUCUUGCUUGUUUGUCUGAAGAAGGGAAUGAAAUAGAAAGUGGAAAAAUAAUAUUUUUGGAGCAUCUUCCCUUAAGUAAGCUACAACAAGGCAUAAAAUCUGGUACAUAUCUUCAAGGAACAUUUAGAGCCAGCAGGGAAAAUUACUUAGAAGCUACAGUAUGGAUUCAUGGAGACGCUGAAGAAAAUAAAGAGAUAAUCUUACAAGGACUUAAAAAUUUAAACCGAGCUAUUCAUGAAGACAUUGUGGCCGUGGAGCUUCUCCCCAAGAAUCAGUGGGUAGCACCAUCUUCUGUGGUUUUACAUGAUGAAGGUCAGAAUGAAGAUGAUGUGGAGAAAGAAGAGGAAAGAGAACGCAUUCUUAAGACUGUUGUAAAUGAAAAAAUGUUGAAGCCUACAGGCAGAGUUGUAGGAAUAAUAAAAAGGAAUUGGAGACCGUAUUGUGGCAUGCUUUCUAAGUCUGAUAUCAAAGAGUCAAGAAGACAUCUUUUUACACCUGCUGAUAAGAGAAUUCCUCGAAUUCGGAUAGAAACCAGACAAGCUUCUACAUUAGAAGGACAGAGAAUUAUUGUUGCUAUCGAUGGAUGGCCCAGAAAUUCCAGAUACCCAAAUGGACACUUUGUGAAAAAUUUAGGUGAAGUUGGAGAUAAAGAGACUGAAACAGAAGUUUUGUUACUUGAGCAUGACGUUCCCCAUCAGCCUUUUUCACAGGCUGUUCUUAGCUUUCUACCAAAGAUGCCCUGGAGCAUUACUGAAAAGGACAUGAAAAACCGGGAAGAUCUGAGACAUCUGUGUGUUUGUAGUGUGGAUCCACCGGGAUGUACUGAUAUAGAUGAUGCUCUGCAUUGUAGAGAACUUGAAAAUGGAAAUUUGGAGGUCGGUGUUCAUAUUGCUGAUGUUAGCCAUUUUAUUAGGCCAGGAAAUGCUUUGGAUCAGGAAUCAGCUAGAAGAGGAACAACUGUGUAUCUUUGUGAAAAGAGGAUUGACAUGGUUCCGGAGCUGCUCAGCUCUAACCUAUGUUCCUUAAGGUGUAAUGUUGACAGGCUGGCAUUUUCAUGUAUUUGGGAAAUGAAUCACAAUGCUGAAAUCCUAAAAACAAGGUUUACCAAAAGUGCCAUUAAUUCAAAGGCUUCUCUUACGUAUGCUGAAGCUCAGAUGAGAAUUGAUUCAGCGUCCAUGAAUGAUGAUAUUACCGUUAGUCUCCGUGGACUAAAUAAAUUAGCUAAAAUUUUGAAAAAAAGAAGAAUCGAAAAAGGGGCUUUGACUCUAUCUUCUCCGGAAGUUCGGUUUCACAUGGACAGUGAAACUCAUGAUCCUAUAGAUUUACAGACCAAGGAACUUAGAGAAACAAAUUCUAUGGUGGAAGAAUUUAUGUUACUUGCCAAUAUCUCUGUUGCAAAAAAAAUUCAUGAAGAAUUUUCUGAACAUGCUCUGCUUCGAAAACAUCCUGCUCCUCCUCCAUCAAAUUAUGAAAUUCUUGUUAAGGCAGCUAAAUCCAAGUUGGCCAUUUCUGUAGAAAUUAAAACUGAUACAGCCAAGUCUUUGGCUGACUCUUUGGACCGGGCCGAUUGUCCUACUUUCCCAUAUCUAAACACUCUGUUAAGAAUAUUAGCCACUCGCUGCAUGAUGCAAGCUGUGUACUUCUGCUCUGGAAUGGAUAAUGAUUUUCAUCACUACGGCUUAGCAUCCCCAAUAUACACACAUUUCACUUCACCCAUCAGAAGAUAUGCGGACAUCAUUGUUCACCGGUUGUUGGCUGUGGCUAUUGGGGCUGACUGUACUUACCCAGAGUUGACUGACAAACACAAACUUGCAGAUUUAUGUAAAAAUCUCAAUUUCCGGCACAAAAUGGCUCAAUAUGCCCAACGUGCAUCAGUGGCUUUUCACACCCAGUUAUUUUUUAAAAGCAAAGGCAUAGUAAGUGAAGAAGCCUACAUCCUAUUUGUAAGAAAGAACGCUAUCGUGGUGUUGAUUCCAAAGUACGGUUUAGAAGGCACAGUCUUUUUCGAAGAAAAGGACAAACCACAGCCACGGCUCACUUACGAUGAUGAGAUACCUUCACUUAAAAUAGAAGAUACUGUGUUCCAUAUAUUUGAUAAAGUUAAAGUGAAAAUCAUGUUAGACUCAACUAAUCUUCAGCAUCAGAAAAUCCGAAUGUCCCUGGUAGAACCACAGAUACCAGGAAUAAGCAUUCCUACUGAUACUUCAAACAUGGACAUUAAUGAACCAGAGAGCAAGAAGAAGAAGCUUGAAAAAUAGCUAUAGUCGACAAAAAAAAAAACUUCAAGGAUUGGUUUCCUUCAGGGAAACAAGAAACUUGAGAGAACACUUCUAAAUCUAAGAAAUGUGUGAAAUAGUUUGUUACUUUUAAGUACAUUUUAAUAAUUUGAAAAAUUUGCAUUUUUAUUGAACUGUUGACUGUGUCUAUCCCAUCAUACUUCAUUUCUGGAUUGAACAGAACUAUUUAUGCAGAAAAAUUCAAGUCAACAUCCAUUACUGAAAUAGUGACAGGAUAGUAAAUUCAGGGAUCUCUAAAAAUCAUUUAAAGGGUGCAUUCAUCUGCUUAUUAAAGAGCAGAUUAAUUUUGUAUAAUUUAUUUCAUAUUGAUAGAAAAAAUCUACCAUUUUUCUAUGGAGAAAAAUAGAACAUUUUUAGAAGCAAGGAACAAUCUGUUGUUUCUAAAUCUUGAAAGCUGUUUGGUAUGGCAGUUUUUAGAUUUCAAGACAGUGAAGUCAAGAUGUCAGGGAGUUCCGUAUUUAAUUUCCUUUGCCACCUUUAAUUUACCUUACAUGUGUUGUUCUGUUAAAAACUCUCCGGCAUUUUCUUAGUGAUCCUUCAACAGCUGUGAAUGUUUGGGAACUGAAUGUUGUAGGAAGGCAAGAUGUAGGAUAUUUUGAUCUGACUGGAAAAAUAGUUUUACCUGGUAAUAAGUAUGGUCAUCAUCCUUGACCUUCACCUCAAAUAUCUCCCCCAAAGUAAGGCAUUAGGGUUCAAAGAAUAGAGAUGGAUGCCACUUUAAAUGUCACAUCAUGCUACUUGUAAAAUAAAAAGUAGGUAAAUUAAUGGCUUUUAAACCACAUAUGUAUCAAUUAUGUAAGAAAGGGGGGUUGUAUAAGUACAUAUUGAAGGGAGCAGAUUGAAGUAUUAAAAUUUGGUGUGCCAGUGACUACUUCCUCAUUAACCACAAAGAUGAAUAAUGAUUAAAUUGGCAUUUUCAAGUAUUUUGAGAUAGUUACCUUAAAACAUUUUAUUUUACUUAUUCAAUUUCUAAAGUACCUACAGUGUACCAGGCUUAUCCCAGUCAAGUCAACUAUCUCUGCCUUAAAGGAGCUUGUGAUACAAUGAGAAGAGUGGUAAAUAUAUCAGCAGGUAUACUAAGUGCGAAUCAUUAGUGUGUACUUUUAGGCACUUAAUAAUUAUUAAAUGAUUGUCCUUCCAUUUUUCUGUUACUGAGGAAAACAUCCAUACAUUGAGGCAGAAAUUAUUUUAGAUGAAGGAAAAUAGCUUUGAGUCAUUUUGGGUCCAUACAGUAAUGGACUAACACGUGAAUUAAGAGCAGGAGUCAGCAAGUCUGGAAAGGGCUAGCUAGACAUUGGAGGCUCUGCCAGCUGUACAGUCUGUCACAGCCUCAGUACUCAACUGUUCUGCUCUUACAGUGUAAAACAGCUGUAGACAGUACGCAAACAAAUGGGCAUAGUGAGCUUCCAACAAAACCUUAUUUAUGGACACAGGAAUUUAAAUGUUACCAAUUUCAUGUGUCAUAAAAUACACUCAUUUGAUUUACACCACCUCCACCCCAACAAAAAACUUUGCCCACAGGCCAAUUUGCAAGGAAAAGGGAGACUUUUUGGUGAAACAAGGCUGUGGCUGACCUUGUCUGUUUAUCUUUGCAAGUUUGUUUUCUUGUGCCUCAUUUAUAAGGAAGGCCUAAUUCAGGCAUUAGUUCAAGAUGACCAGAAACCUUAUUUUCAUGCUUUUAAGGCCUCUGCUUUGAUAAAUCUAAAAUGCUUCUCUAGUGCAGGGUCUUAUGCUAAGCAGCUUAGAUUGAAUAUUUCACUUGAAAAGCUCCCUUGGGUUAGGAUUACUGUCCCCAUUUAACAGAUGAGAAGAUUGAGGAUUUGUGGCUCAGAUCGAGUAGUUAACAAAGCAGGUGUGUGAAUCAAUUAUAGUCACUACUAUGUUUCUUGACUUCUGCUAUUAAAAAAUAGCCAGGGAAGCUCCUACCCCAGGAUCUAGAACUCUUCUUUAUUUACAGUUGUCUUAAGUUAAUAUUGAUUCCAAAGCCUCUGUGAUUAAGGACUCAACUUCUUAACAUAGUGUCUUUAACAGUAGACCUACUGGCUGGGAGAGGAUGAACCAGGUACACAGUAAGGAACAUUUUUUAGAGGUUAGCAGUAAGCUUACAGGUGCAAAAAAACAGUAAGGAAAAAAUGGCAAUAAUAGUUAUGUCUUUAUUUCCUAGGGCUCCAUGUGAAUUAUCACUUUAUGAAUUUUUAAAAGGUGAUCUGUAAAUACACAUUCUCCAAAGAUAAAGAAUAUCCCCACAAACUCAUACCCAUUCUACUCGCAACACGAAUAUAACUUUUAAAAUAAAUUAAGUCUGCCCAGCCGUCACUUCACAGUCUAAAGCCCUGUAGGAGCUCCCCUGUCCUAUUUGUCUUAUUUUUCUCCCUGGCCAAAUCUGAGCUGGAAAAGAUGUCUCACCCUAGGGAUGGAGCUAAGAUUCUGGGCAUCCUGCAUUUAUCCCACUAAUAAAAAUGAUACAUAAUAUUAAGAUGCUGUUAAUACUACCUUUCUAGUAUUUAUACUUUUUAAAGUAGAACUAGGCCAGUUAUUACUGGCCGUAAGAAUAUCUACACAGAAAUGAAUAAAUAGUUUAAGAAUGAAUAUUUUUGGAAGCCUACUUAACCUCCCCUCCUACCUCUUCAAUUAAGUAAAUUUGUUUUAUAUCUAAAUCAAAUUUACUUCUUUUACAUAGGUUAGAAAUUUAAAUUCAUUUAUAUAAUCACAUUUUUAUGUAAAAUAAAACAGUACUUCCACAGUUGCACAUGCUCAGAACUCAAUUCAGUGCUGUCAGUCAGGCUUACUAAUUCGCAGUUCACCGACCCUGUAGGUAGGAGAAAAGUCAUCACUCAAAUUUUUUGUUAAACACAUCACUCAAGGUAAGUACAAAAAUAUUUAUUGAUAAAAAAUAAACUUGUACUUCAGCAACAUGUUGACAGUUCCAGGAGCUUUUCUGUUGUUUCUACGUCCCUAAAUUAAGCCCUUGAUUCUUCACAUUAAGGAGGGAAACAGCGAAGCAUGUUAGGUGAAGCAGGUUUUCCCCAACUACGGUCCCGUAGGCGAGCUGCUGCUCAGCGGUAGGUAGUCUUUGGUUCUGAAAGAGGUAACUCUAUAGACUGCUGCACUGAGGACGAUUUGCUGUCUUCAUCCAACACCUCUGUGUUGUAUGGUCUUGCUAUGAAAGAAGAAAAUGCCUUAUUUUCAACUUAAAUAGACCAUUCAAGAGUGCAACUAUUGAGACUUUUUAAAACUUAAAUGCAGAUUCUAAAGGGACAGAGAAGAUAGGGUUUUUUUCAAAUCAAUAUUUUGUAUCAGUAAGUACUUCCUGUACCUGAAUAUGCAGUUCACUUUUAAGUGGACAACUAUAGUCCCACCUCAUGACAAAAUGGAGAGGGAAAAUAAGUGGCCUCCAUAUGAAUUAAUAUUUGGAGAGUUAUAUUUAGUAGUGCACUUGCUGAUGUUUACUAUGUUUAUUAAUAAAUUGGCAUAUAAAAAAUUCCAAUUAGCGCCUAAAUUUAUGUUGGGUUUCUUGAAAUAGGAACAUACAGUUAAAACCAUCCUAUUUAGGUUCAGUAAAUGUCUUCAUCGACAGUAUAUAUUUGUGUAAAUAUUCAGUAUGUAAGGUUCAUGUUAUUCAGUAUCCAAAAUCUAUAAAGGCUUUGGAUUUUAAGAGCCUUUUGUGUGUGAAUUUGAUGUGUAUUAUAGUCUCUCAAUUGUACUAUUUUCCUCUCUAAUAAUAAAAGUUCUUUUUUAUGUUUA